GUUCACAGUUAUUUAAAAACAAAGUCAUAUUGUCAUGUCAUUCUGCAGUUGCGGAUAUUGUCCCUCCCCUAACUUGAGAAUUUGGCCACAACGUAAAAAGUUGAUGCCUAGAUGCAUCAAUUUUCUUGUGACGAAAACGCUAUAUAUAGUUAUAGCCCCAUUGCGUCUAUGCAUAUUUAUCAGCAUAAUCCCACAAAACUGUGCUGUGUGUGAAAGUCAGGGAUGGACUUUUCUUGUUACAGAAAGAAAUAUUUUGGUAGUAAUUUUUGGAAAAUGACUAAGUUGUUCAUCUCUUGUUGCUACCGCGACCUUCUCUUCAAUACCAACGCAUUAUUCACAUAUAUUCUCUACUUUGUCUGUCUCUCCUGCGUUGGUUUCGGAAUCCUCAAGGCCUUGAAGCCCAGAACCAACCAGUUGGCGCCUCGAAACAUCGACUUGUUCUACACUUCUGUUUCAGCCGCCACUGUGUCGAGCAUGUCAGCGGUGGAAAUGGAGGUUUUCUCCAACUCUCAGCUUAUGUCCAUGACGUUCUUGAUGUUUGCUGGGGGUGAGAUCUUCGUCUCCAUGCUCAUACUCCGCUUGAACGCGCUCAAGAUGGCCAGAACGUCUCGUGUCGAGGGCAAAACAGAGCCUCCUGUAAGUGACUCUCCUUCAACAACGAGGUAUCAAACCAGCAGCGGCUUUGAUCAGAUCGAACUGAAUGUUGUUAAAGUGCGCGAUGAAAUGGGAUCAAGCCCGUCUCAUCAAUCUCUUAACGAUGAGUCCGUUCUGAAGCAUGAUUCGAUCAAAUUCUUGAGUUUUGUGGCGUUGGGCUAUCUUCUCGUGGUGCAGGUUUUCGGGAUCGCAUCCGUUUUGAUCUAUCUAACCCUUGUUACCGGAGCAGAGAAUGUGCUGCGAAACAAGGGGAUCAAGACUUUCACCUUUGCUCUUUUCACUGUGGUCUCAACUUUUUCUAGCUGUGGUUUUGUACCAACGAAUGAGAACAUGAUCGUUUUCAGGAAGAAUUCAGGGCUUCUUUUGAUUCUCAUCCCUCAAAUCUUACUUGGGAACACGUUGUUUCCCUCAGCUCUCAGAGUUGUGUUGUGGAUUGUUGGGACAAAAAAUAUGAGGCCUGAGCCAAAAUAUUUGCUCGAAAGCAACGCAAGCCACAUAGGAUACAUGCAUUUGCUUUCUAGCCUGCAAUCUCUGCUCCUUGCAGCUACAGUGUUUGGAUUUCUUCUCAUUGGUUUUGUACUCUUCUCCUCUAUGGAAUGGAACACACCGGGCUUAGAAGGGCUGAAUACUUAUCAGAAAGUAGUUUGCAUCCUUUUUCUAUGCACCAACGCUAGGCAUUCUGGUGAGAGUAUUGUUGAUCUCUCCACAAUCGCUCCCGCCAUAUUGGUGUUUUUCGUAAUCAUGAUGUACCUCCCUCCAUAUACUUCAUUUCUACCUGUGGCCAAGGAUGAACAAAUCCCAUCAAAGUGUGAAGCAAAAGAGAAAAAGAGAAAUACAGUUAACCAAAACUUCGUAUUUUCGCAGCUUUCUUAUCUUGCAAUCUUUAUCAUUCUGAUUUGCAUCACAGAGAGGAAAAGUCUAAAAGAGGAUCCUCUCAAUUUCAGUGUGCUGAAUAUCACAUUCGAAGUGAUAAGCGCCUACGGCAAUGUUGGAUUCACAACUGGUUAUAGCUGUGAUCGUCAGCUAAGAGCAGAUCCAAAUUGUGUGAACAAAUGGUAUGGAUUAUCCGGAAAGUGGAGUGAUGAGGGUAAAAUAAUCCUCAUAAUAGUAAUGUUUUUCGGUAGACUGAAACAGUUCAACAUGAAGGGAGGGGGAGCGUGGAUGCUAUCAUAAUCACUGGCGGAUGCACAAAAUUUCCAACUCGAAUUUCAUACAUAUGUAUGUAUAGUAGUCUUAGAUAGGAGUAUUUGCUAGUGUGUGAUGGUUGUGUACAAUUAAUAUCGCUACGACUUUUUCUUUUUUAAUUUGGAAUGGUGUCCCACGGCCACGGCCACCAUAUAUACAUAUAGUAUACCAUAAAUCUUGAAGCUUGCAGACGUGUUAUGUAAAAUAUUUUACGAGUUAUAAAUAAUCAUGUCUUAUCUAAA